GCUCAAGCCGUUUUGGCUCGAGCGCCCGCGCGCGCGCGCAGGCGUUCGAGCGCCUGGGGGGCCCGCGAGCAUCAGCAGAAGUGCCCCCCCGAGCAGGUGCAGGGCGCGCCUCGCCUCCGCGGGCGCCCCGGAAUGAGCCGGCGCGCCUCGCGGGGGCUGCUGCGGCCCGCGGCGGCCGCGCCCAGCGACGCAGGCGCGGAGCUCGAGGCGCCCUCUACGGACAGCGAGCCGAGCAGCCCGGCGCCCAAGCGCGCCGACUCCGCGCGGGCCGGGCGCAGCUCCGGGUCGCCGCCGCCGCGGGCCGCCUCCGCGGGCAGCGGAGAGAGCGGCGCGACGGGGCCCGCCUCCUCGAGCACCAGGGCGUCGAGCUCGAACUCAAGGUCGCAGCGCCGCUGGAAGAUGCACCACCAGCAGCAGCGGAGCACCAGCAGCUCCAGCGCCGAGGACUUGGAGUCGAGGGUGGAGGCGACUGGCGACCGCCAGCCUUAG